UUGAAGGCAAGAUUCCAGAAUUUAUUGGGAACCUAAAGGGGUUACGCUCGCUUAAUGUUUCCAAUGACAUUCUAACUGGUGGCAUCCCACCAUCCUUGGGAAACUUAAAAAAUCUUGAAGCUUUGGACCUUUCACAGAACAAGUUGUCAGGUGAGAUCCCUCAAGAACUGUUGCAGCUUUCAUUCCUCGAACAAUUCAGUGUCUCGCACAACAACCUCACAGGUUGUAUACCGCUUGGAAACCAGUUUAGUACCUUCGAAAACACUUGAUAUGAGGGAAACCCAGGUUUGUGUGGAUAUCCAUUGCCAAAAAAAUGUGCACGUCCUGAAGGGAUUGAACUUCCACCUUCAACAGUAGAAGAAAAUGGCUUUGGCACUGGAGUUGAAUUGGAGUGGAUAUUUGCUGCGGCGGGGUUAGUCAGUGGCUUGGUGAUGGGAGUGGUUCUUGCAGACUUUGUGAUCACGAGGUGGAGUGACCGGUUGAUUGAGAUAGUUGCAUUACUGAUCAGACUAUUGAGAAGGAUGAGGGGGCCCAGAAGUUGAGUGAUAGAUCAGACUAUAUGUUGCUCACUUCAGUCGUAAUGCUCACCUUGAGAUUCUAGUUCUAUCGCACUAAAUACGACCCGACUUCCUUUAAAGUUUACUUCCCCUGAUUUUACCGCCUUUUCAAGUUCAAUAAACGCCAUUUCUCAAAGCACAGCGAAUUAGCCUGGCCCGAAUUCGAUUGUAUGUAAAUGCAGUCUCUGAAAGAGGCUCUCAUCUCCCACGUUCAAUCCAUAAAGUCUGGUUUAACACUGGGCAUUUUCACCUCCAACCAACUCAUCCACCGUUACUCCAGACAUGGCCUCAUUCAAGACGCCCAGAAGCUGUUCGACGAAAUGCCCCACCGAAACGUCUACUCUUGGAACGCCAUAAUCUCCACCCACAUCAGAUCACGCAACUUGGAACGAGCCCGGCACCUAUUCGACUCUGCUUCUUUCAAAGAUUUGGUCACUUACAACUCUAUGCUCUCUGGCUACACAAGCACAGAAGGGUACGAGGCUUGUGCGCUUGGGUUGUUUGCCGAAAUGCAGUCGCGGGAUGAUCGGAUUAGAGUUGAUGAGGUUACUCUAACUACCAUGCUUAACUUGAGUGCCAAGUUAGAGGUGGUUUGUUAUGGAAAGCAGUUGCAUUCGUGUAUGGUGAGAACUGCCAAUGAUCUGAGUGGGUUUGCGGUGAGCUCUUUAAUUGAUAUGUACUCUAAGUGCGGGUGUUUUCGUGAUGCUUGGCGCGUGUUUAGUGGAUAUAGAGGGAUGGUUGACUCGGUUUCGAAGAAUGCAAUGGUGGCAGCCUGUUGUAGAGAAGGAAAAUUGGAUAUGGCGGUUGAUCUUUUUUGGAGAGAACCGGAGAUUAACGAUACUGUGUCUUGGAACACAAUGAUUUCAGGGUAUGUGCAGAAUGGUUUUGUAGAGGAGGCACUGAAUUUGUUUGUUCGCAUGGCGGAAGAUGGAUUUCGAUGGAAUGAGCAUACUUUUGCUAGUGUUUUGAGUGCUUGCUCUGGUUUGAGGAACUUCAGACUAGGAAAGGAAGUCCAUGGUUGGGUGUUGAAGAAUGCGAUGAGUUCUAAUCCGUUUAUAAGUAGCGGCAUUGUUGAUGUCUAUUGCAAGUGUGGAAAUAUGAGUUAUGCAAAGUCAGUUCAUGCAGCAAUGGGAAUUAGAAAUUCGUUUUCAAUCACUUCAUUGAUCUCGGGUCAUGCCUCUCAAGGUAACCUAGUAGAAGCAAGGUUGCUUUUUGAUUCAUUGGCUGAAAGGAGUAUGGUUGUAUGGACAGCUUUGUUUUCUGGAUAUCUCAAAUCACAACAAUUUGAAGCUGUAUUUAAGCUUUUGAGCGAGUUCAGGGAAAAGGAAGUAAUUGUUCCUGAUGCUUUGAUUCUCAUUAGUGUGCUUGGUGCCUGUGCAAUUCAAGCUGCCCUGGACCCUGGGAAGCAGAUUCAUGCUUACAUCUUGAGGAAUAACAUUGAAGGAGACAAGAAAUUGUUCAGUGCUUUGAUUGAUAUGUACUCAAAAUCUGGGAAUAUUACUUAUGCGGAAAAGAUUUUUAAAAGUGUUUUUGACAGAGAUAUAAUCGUUUACAAUGUGAUAUUAGCUGGUUAUGCUCACCAUGGUUGUGAAACUAAAGCUAUCCAAAUCUUCAAAGAACUGUUGAAGAGAGGUAUUAGGCCUGAUGCAGUCACAUUUUUAGCACUUCUUUCAGCUUGUCGUCACUCUUGUUUGGUGGAAUUGGGUGAGCAAUUUUUCUGGUCCAUGACAAAAGAUUAUAACCUAUUGCCUGAACUGGAUCACUAUGCAUGUAUGAUUGACUUGUAUGGCAGGGCUGAUCAACUUGAGAAGGCAAAAGCAUUGAUAAGAAAUAUCCGUAUAGAAUUGGAUACCAGUGUAUGGGGGGCAUUCCUGAAUGCUUGUCGGGUAAAUGGAAAUACAAUACUUGCUAGAGAGGCAGAGGAGAGACUUCUAGAACUUGGAGGAGGUACUGGUGAUCGGUAUGUGCAGUUGGCUAAUUUCUAUGCUGCUGAGGGAAACUGGAAGGAGGUUGGGAGAUUAAGGAAGAAGAUGAAAGGGAAAGAGGUCAAGAAGACUGCUGGUUGCAGUUGGUUAUAUGUGGAUAAUGGAGUUCAUAUAUUUAUUUCUGGUGAUAAAAGUCACCCAAAAACAGAGAAUAUAUAUUUUACCUUAGCAUCCUUGACUGAAGAGCUAUAUCAGAUAUCUGGGGAAUCUAUUGAGGUCAUAUUUUGAAUGUCAGCAUCUCAAGAUGCUUCAGGAGAGUCCAAUCGGAUACAGUACUGUUAUUUUCCAUGCUAGCACUCGCACUCUCCACAACGAAUUGGUGCGGCAGAAUGCAAAAACCAUCACCUUUUGGAAGUGACUCGCGCUUUUAUUCAUUUAUUAGCAUGUACCCAUACAUCUCUGGGGUGAGGCUCUGUACUGUGCAGUGUAUUUGAUUAACAGAGUCCCUUCUUGAUAGUACCUUUCCAAACUCCACUUGAAGCACAUAGAAAGUUCAAUAUCAUAUAUCCUCAAGUUCUAUAAGAAAGCUAUAGUAACAAAAAAGAUCCAAAGGUUCUUAUCCCUCAGUUGACACAUUGCCAAUGUUCUUACUGUUACUUCAAGGGUGGAAGCGUCCAGAGGGUGACAAAAGAGAAAAUGUUUGGUUAGAUCUAAUCUAUUGAAUGACCCUUCUUCAUGAGAACAUAGUUGGAUGGAAGCAGUGGCAACAAGCAUCCCAUUUGAAAACUAUAAGAAGACAAUCUAUCUUAUAAGAAGACAAUCUAUCUUCUUUCUGUACGGCUGAUAUGGAAAGAGCAGGCUUCGCAUCUGAAUUUGGAUGUUAGCUAUCUGGUGUGGAUUGUAAUACACAGCAGAGUUUGGAAUAUGGUGGUGAAUAGAAUUCAGAGCGUGAAGGGGACGGUGGUUAUUGAUGUAUUCUUUGUUAUCAACCCAUUAACUAUGAAGCUUGGCCAAGAACCCCGGCAGACCACUUCCAGCCGGUCAUCUUAAUACGCCAUCCAUACAAGCAUCCAACCAAGCUUCUGUAAGUGGUACUCUAGCAACUUGGACUCCUUACUAUUGUUUCUUAAAGUCUCAAAUUAAGCAAUUUGAAUCUGCUGGAUGUAUCCUAUGCUGCUGAGGAAAUUCAGACGUGGUUGGGAGAGUAAAGAAGGAGGUCAGUGUAUCAGAUGUCCAGGGAAUCUAUAUUUUGAAGUCAUUAUUUCAAUUCAGCACUUCAACCCAACUAUUUUAGGAUGUUUCAGAACAUAGAAGCACCUCAAACGCAGAGCACCCUACUUACUUUUAUCAGUAAUGAGUUCUACACUACUUCAAAGAGUUCAAUUGUUACGAAUUAUAGUUUGACAGCAAGACUUACUGUUUAUCUUUAUAUGAUAUCAAUACUAUGUCCAAUGUUAUAUGUGAAUAUUUCUUUUGAAAUAAGUGAGAAAGAUAUAAUCUUCUCCAAAAACUAUUCAGAUGAUAUAUUGGAAGUCUCUAUUUGACAAAGAUCUAUUUCGUAGUUGCCUCUUCUUUUCCUUGAAGAUUAUAAGAUGACCAACCAUCUUAAAUUCCAAAGACUUGAAAGUUGAACAAUCAAUAGGCCAUACUCAGGACUUGAAGGGCAGUGAUCCCUACCAUUUGGUCUAACUUUGGUUGUGAGGGCUAUGGUCAUGGUAUUGAUCACUGUCCUUCAUAAAGAAAAGGCCAUACUCAGGUUGUUGAUGCCCCAAUGUGAUCGUUCAAGUAU